AUGCAAGAGAGUGAUGGCAGUAGCAGUGGAGAUUCGCUUGCUGCCCGUGUCAAAAACCUUCUGAGGAAUCCAUCUUCAGUGCCUCUAGACAGCAUCACUGAUGUCGCAGGAGGCUUCCAGAGCAUGUUGUCGAAAGCUAGUGUAGCUGGAAGCAAGGCAGGAGGCAUGCAAGAGAGCGAUGGCAGUAGCAGUGGAGAUUCACUUGCUGCCCAUGUCAAAAGCCUGCUGAGGAAUCCUCCUUCAGAGCCUCUAGGCAGCAUCACUGAUGUCCCAGGAGGCUUCCAGAGCAUGUUGUCGAAAGCGAGUGUAGCUGGAAGCAAGGCAGGAGGCAUGCAAGAGGGCGAUGGCAGUAGCAGUGGAGACUCGCUGGCAGCCCGUGUCAAAAGCCUUCUGAGAAGUGGAUCACCUGCAGUCCAUGCGACACAAAUUCUGAGUGGUGCGGAUGAAGAGGAGAGGAAAGCACGAGCAUGGGUGAAGCUAAAGCUGGCCAGCCGAUCUCAGGAAUCUGUGUCAGACUUGAAUGAAGAGGACCGACAAAGAAUAGAGGAGAUAAAGGCGGAGCUGCUUCUGAGUGCCAAGAAAUCUGGACUAGCCAAGGGUGCACGGAGUUGCAGUUUGGAAGCUGCUUCUGGCUAUGGCUGUAAUCAGGAACAGGACAUAGACUACUUCAAAGCUUUGAGUGACAAAAGAUUUCAUGCUGACAGCCAAACACAAGCCUCCAGGACUAAGGAGCUUUUAGAGUCGAGCUUACAACAAUUCGUGCCUUUAUACAGAGCUAAUCCUCCUGAUCAUGGCCUUCUGAAGGAUACACCCUUUAAAUCUCCGAUCUGCAGCCAACAUCAGCCAGUUGCAAGUAGUCAUUCUGCUGGCAUCGUUGGACUUCACUCACCAUUGCAGAAGGAACGGGACAGAUGUGUGGUGAGGUCUGCAGCUGCUUCUGCUGUGCAAACAGAAGUCCAUUUACCAGCUCAGAAAAAGCUGUCUUUUCCAAAGUGUUCCGAAGAGAUGUCUAAGCAAAUUACCUCUAUCACCUUUUCAUCCCGAAAACGUUUUCCGUCGCCUCUGACUUCCAUGGCACUCAGUGGCAGUCUUAGUGGAGAUGGUCUCGAUAGGUUAAUGCCUUUGGAGGUUGGUUCUGCUAGCGCUGAGGAACGCAACAUUGGCAAGCAACAUUGGGAAAGAUCUAAGGCUUGUCCUCCUUCAAGUCCAGUUCUCGCUGGCUCACGGUCUAAUGAGAUGGCAUUUACUGCUGACAGAGCCAGGUUUCAUCAUGUCUCUGCUGGCAGUGACAGAGCUGGAGCUUAUCAAGAAACAGACUGUUUGUCAGAUCAGGAUUCUGUAAGCAUCCGUGCUGAUGAGAGACAGACCCUUAGUGCAAAAAAUUCUGACAUUCUGUCUCAAGAUGUGACUGAAUCGGGCAGGCAUAGUGCCAGAAUCCUCGGGCUAGACUCUGCUGCAAGAUUCAGUCAAGGUACGAAUGGGCUUUCUGAACCCUGUUCUGUAAACUCUGAUCAGCAGGAGAAGAGCAGCCCGCCUGGCCACGUCCAGUUGUGUGAGAGCUUAGAGGAUUCCCAUCCAGCCAUACAAACUGAUUUGCUGAAGGGCCAAGUUAAGCUGUUGGAAGAAGAGCAACGUCCUUCUGAUGCAGUGCCUCUCAUUCAGAAAGAGGCUUCCGGAGAGCAAAUCGAUCAGCCGUUACUGCUGCCGUAUAAACCUUCUGGAAGUAGUGGGAUGUAUUAUGUUCCUUAUCUCAGAGCAGGAUCCAAAAUUUCUCCAGUUGGAUCAGAAGCUAGCGUUAAGAGCUCUCACUCAGGAUCAAAUGAUGCUCUUCCCUCAAGGUUUCCAGAAAAUGUGCUUGGUUUCAGAGAUGAUAAUCCUCCAGACAGUACGGCUAUCAAGCAUAAAGAUGGAAUGUACGCUAAGAGGGCGAAGCCCAAGCUAGCCUGGGCUGAGGAACAAAUGAUACCCCUAGAGGCUGCCCCAGAACACGCGGAUCGUUUAAAGUCUGUGAAAACCACUCACUCGGUCUUCAGGUCUGCCCAGUUCUACCUUCAUCAUCCCAUGUCCAUGCGUGAGAGCUCCUUCCAGUCGAACAGCGAGCUCUCGGAGGACGGUUCUGGUGUUGGACGCGCUAGACCUGCCUCAGGUGCUGUCUUCCAGAACCAGAAGAAUUCACAUCGCCAUAAACGUGUUUUCUCUGCCCGUCAUAAGAACGAUGGUGAAAACGAGUUCUUCCCACUCGCUGCAGAAGCAGAUUACAGCAAGAACGAGGAUCUAAAUGUUGGUACGUCUCCAGAGAGUGAAAUGUCUGGAAAGGAGCUGCUUCAACACGGCAGAAGAGACGCAGAACAAAAGGCAGCUAGAAGUUACCCUUUAACCUGUAGCCAAACAACUUGUCUUCGUGAGAAUGUGGAGAAAGACCUGCCGCUGAGACAGAGAACCCACUCCACCAGUAGCUUGGAUGACCUCUGGGUUAAGUUUCUGGAGCGCCAGAAGAGAUACCAGCACCAUGAUUUUAGGGGUAACGGUGAGCUCUCCCUCGUUGAGCGCCUCGAUCGAUUGGCCAGGGUCCUUCAGAAUCCCAUUAAGCAUACACUAAUACCAGCAAAAUCAGGAAAGAAUGUUUUUGAGAGAAAAUACAAGAUAAGAGAGCAGAAGAAAGUAAGGCUGCCAGAAAAGAGCAUGUCUGAAAGUACUUCAGAGCCUCAUGCAGCAUGUGUUGAAGAAAGGCCAUUUAUCAACCAUGAUGAAAAUAGCUUUGUUGAGCUUAGGAAAAGUAGGUCAGAAGAGAAAAUGAUCUGCCACAUGAAUAAAAUUUUGGAGCACCAGCAGUACUUGGAAACUCCUAGUGAUACUUCCUCAGAGAGCGGGCUUAGUAAAGAUCAUUGCACCACAAUAAGUUCUACCAUCUCUGAAUCAGAUGGGGUAACCCAAACAGAGCUGGAAACUGUUGCUCAGACUGAGGUGAGUAGUUCCAUUUCCACCAUCGACACCGCCAGGCUCAUCAGGGCUUUUGGGCAUGAAAGAGUGCGGGUGUCACCAAGACUUUCCCAGCUUUAUUGCACCAUCAACCAGCAGAAGAGUCGCUCUGAAAAGUGGGACAAGGGAAGCAGCAAAGCAGUGGGCGUAGAAUAUCCCAAGGUUACUGCUGAGAAACACCGGAAACGGAAAGAGACCCAGAAGGCAAUCCGUGUUUCGUUGGAUUCAACUUCAAGCAGCAGUUCUUGGGGGCCAAGCUCAGCUCUUAGCAACAAGCGACGAACACGGAUGUUAAACAAAGGUGUCCAAGCAGGAGACUUGGAGAUUGUGAACAGUGCAACUAAGAAAAACACCCGAGAUGUUGGUGUGACUUUUCCUACACCAAGGCCCAGCCAGCCAAAUCAACGGCCACGGAAACCCUGGCAUUGUGUCGAUGGUAUUUUUGGAGAGUCAGCUGGUAUGGUCACAGAUCAUCAGGCAGCAGGAAGCAAGGGAAUUUCAUGGUUUGUCCAAGCAGAGGAUUUGAAAUCUGAAUGUAGGAAAGAAAACUUGACCAAUUCUUGUCCUGGUUCGUCUUGGUUUGAACCACUGACCAACACUAAGCCCUGGAGGGAGCCUCUUCGAGAGAAGAACUGGCAAGAGCAGCAGCACAGCAACGUGACUCAGCCAGCAGUUCCAGAAAGAGAUGCUGAGACCAGGUCCUUUCGGCCGCUUGUGAAGCUUACGCUACAGGAGGCUCUUGCAGUGCAUCGCCCUGAUUUCAUCUCCCGCUCUGGCGAGCGGGUGAAGCACCUGAAGCUUGUAAUGGAGGAAAGGAGGAUACAGAGCGUGCUGCAGUCUGAACGCGAAGAGCUAUUUAAUCCUCCGGAGAAAAGGCAGGGCUACAGGAAUGCAAGUCACAUGCUGUCUGACAGAGGUUACCUGGUUAAAGAAAAGAGAAGAACAAUUCCGAAGAGUGAAAUGGUUCAAAGAUCUAAACGGAUCUACGAGCAGCUGCCAGAGGUGCAGAAGAAGCGAGAGGAAGAGAAGCGAAAAUUGGAAUACAACUCGUACCGCCUGAAAGCACAGCUUUACAAAACGAAAAUCACCAACCGUGUCUUAGGGAGGAAGGUACCUUGGAACUGAUAAGGAUCUCCUCUUCAAAUGAAAGCGUGUUGUGCUUAGUAAACUCUGCAGCAUCUUCCUCUGUAAAGGAGAUUGUGAAGUGAAAUAGAUAAUGCAGUAAAUAUCAUGCAAUGUAUGUUUUGUAGCAUUCAAUGAUGUCUUUUUGUACAAAUAGAAUCUUGCCAUAUUUUUUAAGAUAUUAAAGGAUCAGUGGUUUGAAGUGAACGACAAGUUUUUAAGUAAGUGGCUGUUGCUUGUAGUGCUGUUAUGGACUUCCAAAAUAUUUUUUGGCCGUACUUGGUCCAUAAUAUAUUUAUAACUAUGUGAUUGAAAUAGGAGUUUUAUAUAAAUUUUAAAUAGUUUUUAACUGAGAUUUUUAUUUUUUUUGAUUUCCUAUUUCAUUGUAGAAAACCUGUUUGUAAUUGUUUUGUACUGGGGAAAAAAAUUAAAUAACAUCAGGUGAAUCUGUAGCAAUCAUGAAAUAUAUCUUCACUGUCCUUACGGACAAGAUGGAAAGAAACUGUGCUGUCAUCACCACGGACUCUACCCACCACAGGACUCAGUGAAGAACUUAGUGCAACUGUGACAGCUGUUUAAGCUGGACGUCAUUAGUACCAGAGAUUGAAGGUGUCAUGACUACAUUUACUUUUUGAUUGGUUUGCUGUCAUUCUGUGUUAACAGGAGAGUCUAAUCAAAGAAUUUUUAUUAUUAUUUUUUUAUUUUUUUACUAUUUUGAGAGUUUUUAAGGUUUGCCAGGGAGAGUCCCCUUCACUUCAUUAGAUGCUUUUACAUUCACAGGAUGGUUGGUUAUGCACUUAAUGAGCAACACAGUGGUAAAAGAUGAAAAAUAAAGAUUGUGGUUCUUGGUGA